AUGCGCUUGACGCAGAGCAUGUGCACUAUCGCCGAAUGCGCGCCCGGCGGGGACGGCUGCCCCGCUGCCACCCGGCCCCGCCUCGUCAAGAUCGCGGUGGUGGGAGGUAGCGGCGUGGGCAAGACAGCGCUGGUGGUGCGGUUCCUCACCCGGCGGUUCAUCGGCGACUACGAGAGGAACGCAGGUAAUCUCUACAGCAGACACAUCCAGAUAGAUGGAGAGAUGCUGGCUAUUCAAGUGCAAGAUACUCCAGGAGUUCAGAUCCAUGAACACAGCCUGCACUGCAAUGAGCAGCUGAACAGAUGCAUUCGCUGGGCAGACGCCCUGGUGAUUGUCUUCUCCAUCACAGACUGUAAGAGCUAUGAACUGCUCAGUCACCUUUACCAUCACAUCCGACAGCUGCACCCAGGAAACGCUGUCCCCAUCGCCAUCAUUGCAAACAAAGCUGAUCUCUUGCACAUCAAAGAGGUGGAGCCUCAGCACGGACUUCAGCUGGCCAACAUGCUGGGCUGUACUUUCUAUGAGGUAUCGGUCAGUGAAAACUACAAUGACAUCUUCAAUGCCUUCCAUCUGCUCUGCAGGGAAGUCAGCAAGCAGCAAGCAACCAGCACCCCCGAGAGAAGGAGAACCUCUCUUAUCCCGCGGCCCAAAUCGCCCAACAUGCAGGAUCUGAAGAGGAGGUUUAAGCAAGCUUUGUCUGCCAAAGUCAGGACUGUCACCUCUGUUUGA